UAGAAUAAAUACAAAACGAACAAGGAAAAGUGCGAUGUAUUGCUUUUCACCUGUACACAACAACCAAUAUCCAUUGAGAAGCAUAUUUAUCCUUUUCCCAAGAACAAAUUCUAGUCGGUUCAUGACCAUCUGUAGCGGGCAAGAUUAAAGACCUCUAAUCACUAUUUAAUUUUGGAAAAAAAUGACAACAGUACAUACUUAUAUCAAUCAUUCAUGAGUUUUCUUUGUGGGUUCUGCGGGGGUAAAGAGAGCGGAGACUUCGUUGGAGCACAAAAGGAACUGAGAAUGUCGGGUCCAGUGGAAGUCACUUAUACUACAGCCCCAGAGCUCAUUAAACUCCAACAAUCCCCAAAUGUAGCCAUCAUUGAUGUCAGGGACGAGGAGAGGAAAUUUGAUGGCCACAUAGCAGGCUCCCUUCACUAUGCAAAUGAAACAUUCUAUGAGCAAAUCCCAGAUCUUUUGCAGAAGACGAAGGAAAAAGACACUCUCGUCUUUCAUUGUGCCUUAAGCAAGGUACGUGGACCCUCUUGUGCUCGUAUGCUUGCAGAAAAUUUAUCAGAAAAUCCCUUGGCGGGAUCAUCAAGUAUUCAGAAGAUUCUUAUUCUUGAAAGAGGAUUUAAUGGAUGGCAAGCUGCAGGACAUCCAGUUUGUCAAUGCAAAGAGUUAAUAUGUAAAGGUCACAAGUAACGGUCAUAUUCAUUUCUUUGUGGUUGGCUGCAGUUACUGCUGGGUCUAAUGGGGAAUUUUUCUAGAAAUAACGUUGUAUAAAAAUUUGAGAGUGAACCUGCAUAAGCACUAAGCAACAAUGUAAGCCAGGAGAUGGUAAGUAUUUUGAAGGGAAUAUGAAAUAUCAUUGUUGAAUUUUA